AUGCUGCGUGAGUGGGUGCGUGCGGUGGGGUUCUUCGCUGUAUGGGAGAGGGGCCGUCUUGUCGAUCCAGGGAAGCUCAACGGAGACGCAGUAAGCUAUGAUGCAAUAGGCAAAGUGCACGGGCGCGCCGCGUAUCUGGUGUUCAACAUGGCUGCCACAGAGGGCUGGCACACUUCAGACGACGGGCACAAGCUCUACACGAAAACAUGGACCACGGAAGGGCCGGCUAAGGCUCGACUAGUCUUCAUCCAUGGUUUCUCAGAUCACAUCAACACCUACGGCAACUUCUUCCCGUAUCUUGCCUCCAAGGGCAUCGAGGUCUAUAGUUUCGAUCAGAGAGGAUGGGGCAAGUCGGUAACAAAGAAAGCCGAGCGAGGCGACACAGGACCCACGGCAAGAGUGUUGGACGACAUCACCUCGUUCCUCAAGUCCGUGACACCUAGUCCAGUUCCCCUGUUCCUGAUGGGCCACAGCAUGGGCGGUGGAGAAGUCCUGUGCUACGCUGCUCAAGGCCCACGUGAAACCCGGCAGCACAUCCGAGGAUACCUGCUAGAGUCGCCUUUCGUGGACUUCGACCCCAAGUCAAAGCCAUCGCCGCUCACUGUGUUCUUCGGCAGGCUUGCUGGAAGACUGCUGCCUCACAAGCAGCUCGUCAACAAGCUCGACGUGAAUCUCAUCUCCCGCGAUCCUGAAGCCUGCAAACGAUUCGAGGAAGAUGAGCUCUGCCAUGAUACUGGAACUCUGGAAGGACUCGCUGCGAUGUUAGAUCGUACUGCCGAGUUAGCUGCCGGCAAGGUCAUCAUUCCAGAUGACGCGGGAGAAGGCGGGGUGACCCGAAUCUGGAUUGGCCACGGCGACCAGGACGGGAUCACUGCAUUUGCAGCCUCACAACGUCUAGCCGACGCGCUCCAGGUCAAGGACAAGGAGUUCAAGGCUUACGCAGGAUACUACCAUCGCUUGCAUGAUGAACCCAGCCCUGAUAAAGAGGUGUUCAUGGAUGACGUCGCCAACUGGAUACUUGCCCGCUCUGUAGAACCAGUGCAUGCGGAUGGUGUGAAACCAAAAUUGUAG